AGAUCGAGGGUUUCUGAAAAUUUGAAGCAGCUCUGCAAGCAAACACCACAUUGGAGGUGAGGGUUUCUCUCCCGUAUUAUCGAACGCCAAAGUUAUGGCUGGUGGAGAAGAGGAAUCAGUUGAGGCUGCAGCUUUGGCACGCAGAGAGAGGCUGAGAGCACUUAAAGCUGCUCAGGAACUCCUCAACACACCCGAUGAAAAUGCGGAACAUGGUAACAAUCAGCAACCACAAGAGCAGCUGGAGCAUGAAAAAGAUGAAGAUGAUAAUGAAGACGACAAUGACCAAGAAAAGGCCAACGUGACUGUGAAAUUCCGAAAUUAUCUUCCUCAUGACAAGCAACUGCAAGAGGGUAAAGUUGCACCGCCUGUAUUACCUAAAUUUGAAGACCCUGCUCUGGCAGCUCUUCCUCUAGAGGAGAAGAAAAAAGAGGAUCCAUUUUUAAAUAUAGCACCAAAGAAACCAAACUGGGACCUGAGAAGGGAUGUGCAAAAGAAGCUCGACAAGCUUGAACGACGCACUCAAAAGGCUAUGUUAGUACUCACGGAGCAGGAAGCCAACAGAAGAUCUAGAGAAGACAGAGAAAAUGCGUACUCGCGAUGGGUGUUGAGGUUCUAUGAGGAACGUCGAAUUCGUGCAAUUCACAGAUCUGUUCUUAUCGCCUCGUCACGUGUCUCGUCUGAUGGCUCGACGGUCGUCAGGUAUCACGCGAUGUUGCCAGGGAUGCGCACUGCGUUGAAUGACGUAGUGCGUGUGCGGGCGUUGAGGAUGCACGAGCGCUGGGCUGCGGCGCGUUGCACCCGCGCGUCGUCGGGUCUGCCGUGCGCCCACCCUAGCGCCUGCGAAUCGUAUCGCGCGCUUUGCAUGGCAACCGCACGCUGUGCUCACGUCCUUCACCGAGGGCCUUUGGCCACCGUCUCCCAGCAUCCAUGCAACUCGGUCGCCGCCGUCGCUCAGCUCUUGGGCCAUCGCGACAGCAUGCUGUAUGUGGCCCGUGCAUUUUUCAUGCGCAACUGCUUUCGGUGCGGUCGCCGAAUAUCGACUGACUUGGCGUCGAGGUCCGUCAGUCAUCGUGGUUGUCCAAGCUCGUCCGCAAACAUCAUGAUCAAAAAAUAA